AUGGAAGACCUCGUGUCGUCCGUUUGUGGUCCGCCCCUCGCCCCGAAUACGUCAGUGGCCAAGGACGUGGGCAUCUACACCCACGCCAUCGCCCCAUGGACCGUCAAGGCAUCCCUCAAGAAGAGCGUUGCGCCGGUCAACGGCAUCGCCGUUAGCGGCACCCACGUUUUUGCCGCUCAGGACGGCAAGGCCCAGGUGUACGUCUAUUCGCGUCAGCGGGCAACCCAGGAGGCUUCCGUCUCCUUCCAGGAGCGCAUCCGUUGCGUCACGCUCGCCGGGGAUGUCCUCGUCCUCGGUACCGUUGAAGGACGACUCAUCCUCUGGGAGGUCAACACCGGCCGUCAGGUUGCCACACCGCCCUGCCACGUGCAGGCCGUGAGCUGCCUCGCCGCCACCGGCUACCACCUGCUGUCGGCCAGCGACGACUCCAACAUCAAUGUCUGGUCGCUGCUGCAGCUUCUCGAGCUCGGCGGCGAACCGGGCGAGCCCGAACGUACGCUGUCGAACCACCGGGGUGCCAUCACCGGGCUGGUCGUCGGCCCGAGCACGAACGCCGACACGAGCCUCUGCGUGUCGACGAGCAGGGAUAAGACGUGCAUCCUGUGGAAUUACCAGACCGGCGAGGUAUUGAGAACCUUGCUCUUCCCGGCUGCGCCGCUGUGCCUCUCUCUCGACCCCUGCGCGAGAGCGCUCUUCGUCGGCGCCGAGGACCGAGGCCUGUACCUCGUCGAGCUGUUUGGCGACAAGCCGCUGUUGGGUUCGCGCGCGGCCGAGCUGGCCUCGAUCGUCGUUCAAGUCACCUCGCCGCUCGGCGUCGCAGACGAGGACGCAGGCGUGCCGUCCUGCGUCGCCGUCGGCUACGACGGCACCUCGGUCUACACUGGACACUCGCGAGGCAAGAUUCUGCGAUGGUGGUUGAUCGACAGCGGACACGCAGCAGAGAUGGCCAACUUGAACGCGUCCGUCACGAACUUGACCUUUGUGCCGGCACAGCCAACCGAACCGCUCCGCAGGACGGUAAACGUGGUGAAGCCUAACCACGCGCAAAGACAGUACGCCAUGACGGUCCAGCUGGAUGGCGACCUAGACAGUGCGAGUACCUUUGCCGAAAAGCUUGCCACCACCGGCCUCGGUCCGUUCCUUGACGCCCUCGCUUCCGAACAGGACUUGUAG